AUGGAAGACUCUUAUAAGGAUAGGACUUCACUGAUGAAGGGUGCCAAGGACAUUGCCAGAGAGGUGAAGAAACAAACUGUAAAGAAGGUGAAUCAAGCAGUGGACCGGGCCCAGAAUGAAUACACCCAGAGGUCCUACAGUCGGUUUCAAGACGAGGAAGAGGAUGGUGACUAUUACCCACCGGGAGAAACGUAUAACGGGGAGGCCAAUGAUGAUGAAGGCUCCAGCGAAGCAACUGAGGGUCACGAUGAAGAUGAUGAAAUCUAUGAAGGGGAGUAUCAGGGCAUCCCCAACAUGAACCAAGGAAAAGACAACAUUGUGGCCGUGGGGCAGCCCAAGGGCGAUGAGUACAAGGACCGCCGGGAGCUGGAGUCAGAGAGGAGAGCUGACGAGGAAGAACUAGCCCAGCAGUAUGAGCUGAUCAUCCAAGAGUGUGGUCACGGCCGCUUCCAAUGGUCCCUUUUCUUUGUCCUGGGCAUGGCCCUGAUGGCGGAUGGCGUGGAGGUUUUUGUCGUGGGCUUUGUGUUACCCAGCGCUGAGACAGACCUAUGCAUGCCAAAUUCAGGAUCCGGAUGGCUAGGCAGCAUAGUGUACCUCGGGAUGAUGGUGGGGGCGUUCUUCUGGGGAGGACUGGCAGACAAAGUGGGAAGGAAGCAGUCUCUUCUGAUUUGCAUGUCUAUCAACGGAUUCUUUGCCUUCCUGUCUUCGUUUGUCCAAGGUUAUGGCUUCUUUCUCUUCUGUCGCUUACUUUCUGGAUUCGGGAUUGGAGGAACCAUUCCCGCUGUGUUCUCCUACUUUGCUGAAGUGCUCGCCCAAGAGAAGCGGGGUGAGCAUCUGAGCUGGCUCUGCAUGUUCUGGAUGAUCGGUGGCAUCUACGCCUCUGCCAUGGCCUGGGCCAUCAUCCCGCACUACGGAUGGAGCUUCAGCAUGGGGUCGGCCUACCAGUUCCACAGCUGGCGCGUGUUCGUCAUCGUGUGUGCCCUCCCCUGUGUCUCCUCAGUGGUGGCCCUCACGUUCAUGCCCGAAAGCCCACGGUUCUUGUUGGAGGUUGGAAAACAUGAUGAAGCCUGGAUGAUUCUGAAGUUAAUUCAUGACACGAACAUGAGAGCACGGGGUCAGCCUGAGAAGGUCUUCUCGGUAAACAGAAUCAAAACCCCAAGACAAAUAGAUGAGCUGAUUGAAAUUGAGAGUGACACAGGAACAUGGUACAGGAGGUGUUUUGUUCGGAUCCGCACAGAACUGUACGGAAUUUGGUUGACUUUCAUGAGCUGCUUCACCUACCCAGUCAGGGACAAUACCAUAAAGCUUACGAUUGUUUGGUUCACGCUGUCGUUUGGGUACUACGGAUUAUCCGUUUGGUUCCCUGAUGUCAUUAAACAUCUGCAGUUGAAUGAGUUUAAAAAUGACACGGAUAUGAAAUUUUCAGAUGUAACUGUUAACUUUACAAUGGCAAAUAGGAUUAUUACGGGAAUGGAAUGCGACAAUGGCAGAUUGGAAGGGAUCAGGCUCAAAUCCGUAACUUUCAAAAAUUCGGUUUUUAAGUCCUGCACCUUUGAGGAUGUGACUUCAGCCAACACCUACUUCAAGAACUGCACAUUUAUUAAUACUGUUUUUAACAACACAGAUUUUAAGCCAUACAAAUUCAGUAACAGCUCAUUUCAAAACUGCACGUUUUUGCACAACAAGACAGGCUGCCAGAUGACCUUUGAAGAUGACUAUAGUGCCUACUGGAUUUAUUUUGUCAACUUCCUGGGGACAUUGGCAGUGUUGCCAGGGAACGUCGUGUCUGCUCUCCUGAUGGACAGAAUCGGGCGCUUAACAAUGCUAGGUGGCUCUAUGGUGCUUUCCGGGAUCAGCUGUUUCUUCCUUUGGUUUGGCACCAGCGAAUCCAUGAUGGUAGGCAUGCUGUGCCUGUACAAUGGGUUGACCAUCUCAGCCUGGAACUCUCUUGAUGUGGUCACUGUGGAACUGUACCCUACAGAUCGGAGGGCAACGGGCUUUGGCUUCUUGAAUGCACUGUGCAAGGCAGCAGCCGUCCUCGGAAACUUGAUAUUCGGCUCCCUGGUCAGCAUCACGAAAGCAAUCCCCAUCCUGCUGGCCUCCACCGUGCUCGUGUGUGGAGGACUGGUGGGGUUGCGCCUGCCUGACACACGAACCCAGGUCCUGAUGUAA